AUGGAAGUCACGGCCAGCGAUGAGAAAGGGGCCAUCGUCUCUAGUCACCAAAAGGACCAUGUGCUGGAUACUGAUGAGCUAAGGCUCGCGCAAAUGGGUCACACCCAGGAGCUAAAGCGUCACUUUACCAUUCUGUCUCUGAUCGGUCUGGCUUCCACCACGACAAUAUCCUGGACAGGUCUAGGCUUGGGAAUUGUUACUGAAAUCAACGCGGGUGGGCCAGGUGCCAUAAUAUAUGGCUUCAUCCUGGUCACUCUGUUGCAAUGCUUCCUUGGCGCUUCUCUUGCAGAGUUCGUUUCGAGCUACCCAACUGAGGGGGGCAUGUAUCAUUGGAUAGCUGCGGUGGCGCCCAAAAAAUGGAGUGCCAUCCUCAGCUUCUUCACCGGGUGGUUCACUGUCUUUGGAUGGAUAUUUACCACGGCCUCGACCAUCUUGAUCUACGCCCAAACUGUCAUGGCACUCAUCGCACUCUACAUGCCAGACCUGGAAAUCCAAUCCUGGCAGACUUUCAUCAUAUAUCAAGGAAUUAAUCUUAUCACGGCAAGCAUCGUACUCUUCGGCAACAGGUUGAUUCCCGCAAUCAAUAAGUUUUCGCUUUUCUACCUCCAGAUCGGGUGGUUGGUAGUGUUUAUAGUAGUCCUUACUUGUGCGCCGACUCGCCAAAGUCCCGAGUUUGUUUUUAAGACAUGGAUCAAUAAUACGGGUUGGGAGAACAAUGUAAUCUGUUUCGUUACCGGCUUGGUCAAUCCACUAUACAGCCUGGGUGGUCUCGAUGGCGUUACCCAUAUUACCGAGGAAAUGCCCAAUCCAUCCCGCAACGCCCCCCUCGCCAUCGCCAUCACUUUGGUAAUUGCCUUCGUCACAGGGCUCUCCUACCUUAUCGCCCUCAUGUUCUGCGUUCAAGACUACUCUGCUCUUGGCACCACCAAUACCGGCUUGCCCCUUGCAGAGCUAUUUCGGCAGGUCACGCAGUCAGCUGGCGGCGCGUUUGGAUUGACCUUUAUUCUUUUCAUCGCUUUGGGGCCGUGCACUAUCGGUUCGCAGCUGUCCACGGGCCGUGUCCUCUGGGCCUUCUCGCGCGAUGGUGCCAUGCCUUUUUCGUCGACUUGGUCUCGUGUCAACACACGCUACGGAGUUCCAUUCAACGCCCAACUGCUCGUCACCGUCGUAGUCGCUGCCCUUGGCUGCAUCUACCUUGGUAGCAGCACGGCUUUCAACAGCAUGCUUGGGUCGGCAGUGACUGUCAACAAUAUCGCCUAUCUCAUCCCCAUCGGCACGAACUUGCUUACUGGAAGAGCUAACAUGUUUAAAGGCGUAUUCCACAUGGGUAUUUGGGGUUGGCUAAUUAACUGCAUUACUGUGGCCUGGCUUAUUUUCGCAAUCGUGUUUUUCAGCUUCCCUUACUCUAUGCCCGUGGCGGUGGAGAGCAUGAACUACACUUGUGUGGUUGUGGGUUCUCUUCCAAUUCUAAUCUUCGGUUGGUGGUGCGUGGUAUCCAAGCGCUAUCGAGAGAAGAUCGCUGCUGCAAAGGAGGAGUAA